CUCCUCCGACAAUUGAAUAUAAAGUAUAAACCCCCUCUAAAACCCUACCAGCCGAAAAUCCUACGAUUUCUUUACUGAAUCAACCCCCCUCCCUCUCUCUCUCUCUCGUGUUUCAAAUGGCAAAGCGCCUUGUUCCUCUACUGAAUCGUGUAUUGGUUGAGAAAAUCAUCCCUCCAUCGAAGACCAACACUGGCAUUCUUUUACCAGAGAAGACCACCAAGUUGAACUCGGGAAAAGUUAUUGCUGUUGGCCCCGGUCUUCGUGGCAAGGACGGGAACCUAAUUCCUCUUGCCGUGAAGGAAGGCGACACUGUCCUUUUACCUGAAUAUGGAGGAACAGAGGUGAAACUUGCUGACAAAGAGUAUUACCUGUAUCGAGACGAAGACAUUAUGGGGACACUCCAUGAAUGAUAGGGCCGUUCUCGUCACCCAUUUAGAAGCUUGCUGUAGCAACUAUGUAUGUUACACUUUCUGCGAGCAGUUUACAUUCUCUUCUAAUUUUAAUAUAUCAAAUGUGUAUUUUGUUAGUAGGAACCAAAUAACUUAUGGUUUUAAUUUUAGUCCAACUUUCUAUAAUACAUUUGGAGUUUUGUUUUAAAUUUAGGAACUGUUAUGGAUACCAUAAAUUUCCUGUUUGCUAAUUUUGUUGUUUUGGCUCAUUGCUCACUUGAUUGCAUACAUUGCCUUUAUUUGAAUGUUUAUCCCCUUU